GUGUCUGCAGGAAACAGUAUCCAGCUGUUCUGACUUCCGCUUCAGAGCCGAGCGAGAGACAUCAUUCAGGACGCGUCAGGAUCGGAUCGGACACGGUCUGCGGGACUAGAAACGCGGUUCUUCCGAGCGGGAAUCGACAAAAGCAAGCUCUCAGAGCCCCUCUUUCCCCCUCUCCUGCUUUCUGGAAAGCUCUGCCGUGCUCCUGGAUAAAGGAGAAGCCUUUUUCCGACAGCUCUUCCAGCAAGAGAAGCAGAGAGCAGUCUCAGAGAGAGGACAGUGGACUCAAUGAGGGAGCCAGAGAGGGAGGAGCAGCUCGACCCCAGCAUGCCCCCUAAAUUUAAACGGCAUCUGAAUGAUGAAGAGGUCACCGGCUCCGUUCGCAGUGAGCGGCGGAACCUUCUAGAGGAAGACUCGGAUGAAGAGGAGGACUUUUUCCUGAGAGGCCCAACAGGACCAAGAUUUGGAGGCCAAAAUGACAAAAUUAGACAAGUGCAAUCUCAGGUUGAUGAGGUCAUUGACGUCAUGCAGGAGAACAUCUCCAAAGUGAUCGAACGUGGGGAACGGCUGGAUGAGCUGCAGGAUAAAUCUGAAAGCCUAUCGGACAAUGCAUCAGCGUUCAGCAGUAGAGCCAAGCAGCUCCACAGAAGGAUGUGGUGGAGAGACAUGAAGAUCAAAAUGAUUAUAGCAUUGGUGGUUGUCAUCCUUCUCCUCGUCAUAAUCAUUCCUGUGAUCCUGCGGAAUCGCUAGUCUCUGGCCAGGAAGUUAGAGGCAUGAUGUACUCUUCCUCCCUCCUCUCCCUCAUCUUUCUGCUGUCAUUCCUCCGUACCAGAGGGGGCGCUGCAUAGGGUUGGGCUGCCCACUGUAUU